AUGCUUGUAGACGGGUGUAACAAGCACGGCGUAGGCAACUGGAAAACUAUCCUUCGCGACCCGACGCUCAAAUUCGACAACCGUUCCCCAGUCGACCUCAAAGACCGGUUUAGGACUUACUUCCCCGACGCCUACAAACAGCACUACCCCAACGCCAAGACACACCUUUCGAGCAAAGUGCGCUCGACACUCCCAGACGGCUCGUCCAUCUUUGAGAAAACCCGCUCCAAACGCCGGCGGCCGUUUACCGAGGAGGAGGAUAGAGCACUGAAAGAAGGCUAUGAAAAGUACGGUACGGUGUGGGCGACGAUCGUGAAAGACUACCCCAUUUUCCAGGAGCAGAAUAGGCGCUCGACGGAUUUGAGGGAUAGGUUUAGGAAUGCGUUUCCCGAGCUUUACCAACUUGCGGGGUAUAAACCGAGGAAUACGAAGAAGAAAGGGACGGCGACGACGACGACGACGACUGCUGCUGCUGGGGGGUCGGGUGCGGGCACCUCGACGCCUGAGAGGGGUGUGCAGACGAAGAAGGCGGCAAUGGAUGAUCAGCAGCUUUCAACGGGUGGGCCGGUGAGGAGUCGGAGGAGGGCGCAUACGCAUCAGGGGUUGUUGAGGGGUGGGACGAAGAGUGUCCCCCAGAGUACGGCCUGCUCGGAGGACGAUGAUAGUGAUAUUGAGAGUGACCGGUUGUUUUCCUCGUUCAAGGCUCCCCCGACGCCGCCCUCGCUCGCUGCCAAGAAACCUCUACCUACGACGUCGUUCUCGUCGCUCGGUCCGCCUGUGUCGUCCGACCGGCCUGUGGCAGGAGACGAAGACGAGGAGAUGAACCUGAUGACGCUCGAACCCCUCACCGAAGCACUCUCCCUACCCGAAAUUGGCGGCAGCUCCACACAACAGACGGUGGAUAUGGACCAAGACGGGCAGUGGUCCUCUGGUAUCAACACCCCGACGCACUCGAACCACUGGUCGACGGCCGCGGGUUCCCCGACUUCAAGCCACCUCUCCUCCGACCUUCUCAUGAACGGCAACGACCCGACCUCACCUUUCCUCCACCGCCACACCAACCCGAACAACAACUUUGGCAUGAUUGGCAAGUCUGCGUGGGGGACGGACUGGUUCUCGCCGAACCCCCGGCUGGACCCUUCGAGUAGUAAUCUGCAGAAUGCCAAUGGGAGUGGGUCGGGGAGUGGCAAUGGAGGAGGGGGAGGAGGAGGGUACUUUGACCACUCCUCACCUGCGUCACCCUUUUCCUUCAACCACCUGCACCACGGUGUACUCGACCGGUACGAUCUAUGGCCUACGACCUUCCCCACCGACUUUUCAAGCGAGGUCGGGGUGGGCGAGACGCAUUCUACCUUUUCGGACGAUGAUGAUUUGUUGUUCCAGGGCAAUAGAGGGUUCACGCACCAUUCGUCGUAUGCGGGUGAUUUGAUUUUUGGAGCGAGGCCGCAGAUGCAGGGCCAGGGGCAGGGGUUUUAUGGGAGUUUGUCGAGUGCGGCUGUUAGUGCUAUUGCAGGUGGUGGUGGGGGUGGUGGGUUUGGGUUUGGAGGGUUGGGAUUGAAUUUGGGGCUGAACUUGGGGUUGGGAGCUGCGGGUGUGGGGGUUGGUGUGGGCGGUGUAGGAGUGGGCACGGCGUUUGGACAGCAGCAGCCACCCCAGCAGAGUGCGGGCAUCCAUCCGAUGCAGUUGCAUGCGCAUGGGCCUUCGAUGCUGGAGGGGAUUGAUGAGGGUGUGGGGCCUGGUGUGGGGAUUAGCGUUUCGGAUGAGCAGGGGAACAGCAAUGGUGCGGCGACCGGGAAUGGGGUUGGGGUACAGGGGGAGGGAGGGGAGGGUGCGCAGCAGGCUGACCCGCUUGGUAUCCCGCUCCCGCCUGAUGCUAUGGAUGAGGAUUUGGAUUUGAGGGAUGAGAGUCCGCCUGUUGUGGAUGGGCAGCAGGGGCCGUCGCAGGAUUCAUCCCAGCAGCAUCAGCAUCAGCACCAGCAUGGACAGCAUGGGCAGCAGCAACAACAGGAUGAGAGUAAACUUGGUGUGGUACCCACGUCGAUCCCGAUACCGCCUCCUUCGUCGCCGUCUGCUAUGAUUACGGAUAGUGUGCAUACGCCUGGUCCGGGGCAGUUUAGUGACGGUGUGCAUACGCCUGGACAGUUUACGGAUAGUGUGCACUCGCCAGGCCAAUACGCGGAUAGCGUCGUCCGCUCACCAAGCCAAUACGCCGAUAGCGUGGUCCACUCGCCAAGUCAAUACGCCGAUAGCGUGCACUCGCCGGGGCAGUUUCGGUUGGACGACUUCGUGGAUUUGGGGAAUGAGUUGCAUAUUACGCCGCCUGCUACGCCGCUUACGCAUCCGAGGCCUAUGAGGCGGUCGAGUGGGUCUAUGUUGCAUCAGUUUCCUGGGUUUGGGGGGCUUGAUGACGGGGAGGGGAUUGGUGGGAGUGGGGGUGGGAGUGGUGGAAUCGGAGCGGGAGGGGGAAUAGGAAUUGGUGGAGGAGGGACAGGAGGAGGAGGGGCAGCGCAUGCGCGCUCGAUUUCAGUCCCCCCGUCCGAGUUUCGGAACCCGCUGUAUAUCCCUCAGGUGGAUGGAGGGUAUGCGAGUGCGUUGAUUGAUUUUGAUGCUGUACAUGGGAUGCACCAGCAUUUGUUGCACCAGCAGCUUCAGGCGUCGCAGCAGCAGCAGCAAACGCAGUCCGGGCAACAGCAGCAGCAGCAGCAGGCUCAGCAUCAGACCCAUAGCCAGCUGGUGCAGCAUUUCCAGCAGCAGAUGGAGUUUACAGUGCUUAGGCAAUUUGGGAAUCCGUUUCAGAGUUUGUUGGGUGCUACCGCCCAGGCGCAGGGGCAGGGGACGGCGGCGCAGCAGUCGUCGGGGUCGGGGUCGCCACCGGGUGCUACGGGACAAGGGCAGAAAGGCCAGCAGCGGUCGAGUCCGAGUAGUCGAGGUGGGAGUGGUGAGAGGCGGGGGAGGGAGCCUCGGAGUGGCACCGCGCUUGGGGAAGGAAGAGGGCGGGGGGACGGUGACGCGGGUGGUGACGCUGAUGGUGACGGCGAUGCGGAUGGGGACGGGGACGGUUCGGAUAUGAGGCCGCAAACCCCCACUUUGGCUUCGAGACACCUGUUGUCGGUUCCGCCUGCUACGCCUGUGGCACCUUCACUUUCGUCUUCGUCGUCCUCGUCGUCGGCGACGUCGGCGACGUCGGCGAGUUCGUCGAGCCAUUCGAGUUCGAGUUCGUUGUCGAGUAUGGAUGAUAGUGGUGUGUGGAGGCCUUCGUUUUUGGGUGGUGGUGGUGGUGGUGGGUUGAGUGGGACUACGGGUGCGAAUGGGAUUGGGAUUGGUGGUGGGGGGAGUACGGCUGCGAGUCUUGCGGCUGAUAUAUACAACCUCCCGUUCCUUGAUUUGCAUUAUUACGGGCAUGGACCUGGGGGGAUGGGUCUUUUGCAUCCGGGUGCUGCAAUGCUCUCUGCUGCUGCUGCGGGAGGUGGGGGAGGGAACGAUGAUUUGACGGGGAUGAUGGAUCCCAGCGUGCAGCAGAUGCAGUUACAGGCUCAGGCUUUGGAUUUGGCGCGGUCUGCCUCCGUUAGUAGUAGUGGGAGUGCACUUGGCACCUCGAUGUUCUCCCCGUUUUCGGCGUUGGCGAUGAAGCACCAUCUGCAUACGCAUACGCACCAACAGCAGCAGCAACAACACCUGCAUCAGCAACAGCAGCACCACCAGCAACACCGUUUGGGCGUUCAGAGUCAAGGCCCUCCGCCGCCACAGUCCCCGACGACGACGAGGCAUAGUGUGUCGUCUGCGUCGCUUAUUCAGGCGUUUGGUGGUUCUCCUGCUGGUCCUUCGAAUACUACUGCUACUGCGAAUUCUACCGCUACUUCUGCCACUACGGCUUCGUCGGGUUCUACGUCGGCGAAUGGAGGUGCGGCGACGAGGAUGCAUGUGUCUCAGCCUAUAGGAGUUGACUGGUAA